AUUUGUGAAAUUUUUUUCUCUCUCUUCUCUCUUUUCUCUCUGGUGCGAUCUCUCUCUUCUCACUAUCUUCACACUUUCUUCUGUAACCUUUCUCAAUCUCUUUCUCUCUGUCCUCCUCAUCUCAUCUUCACCAUAAUAUCCACCGCAACUUCCACCACCACCUAUAAAUCAAUAACUCGUCGGUGUGAGGGAGUGGCCGAGUGAGAGAAGAUUUGUCGGCGGGAGAGAAGUUCCGGCGAGGAGGAGAGAAUUCCGGCCGAGGAGAGAAGUUCGCGGUGACAUGCGGUGCUUGGCGACGGCGGCGACGGCGACGACGAAUCUUCUUUCUCAUUCUUUCCUCUGGUUAGAUCCGUUACUUUCUAUGCUCUAUUUAAUUGCUUUUUUUUUUCUGUUGUUUUUUUUAUGAGAUGGUUACAGAUUGGAGGUGGUGGUGAUGGUUAUGGUAGAUGGUGACACUGAUGUUUUUUUUUCCCCAAUUUAUAGACUGAUGAAUCUACUGCAAUCUGAAAACCCCAACAUUUAACACUUAUUUUUAGUUCUGUAUUACGUUUAGUUUUGAUCUUGCAUGUUUGAAAUCCUCCAUGAAAUUGGAUCUUUGGAUGUCAAUAAACUCAAAGUGGGCAGCAGAUAUGGCUAUAGGACUUGGUACCGGAGUUCCGUGGAUCAUGUGCAAGCAAGAUGAUGCUCCUGAUCCUGUCAUUAACACUUGCAAUGGCUUCUAUUGUGAUUAUUUCUCUCCAAAUACGGCUUACAAACCAAAGAUGUGGACAGAAGCUUGGACUGGCUGGUAUUGAUGCUUUGUUUCUGAUUUCUUAGGUUUCCAUAAGAAUAUGAUAAAUGUAAGCUAGAUAUAAUAUAAGCUUGACUAUACAAUGCCUCCGUUCCUCUUUUAUGCUUGCAGGUUUACCGAGUUUGGAGGUCCGGUACCUCACCGACCUGCUGAAGACUUGGCAUUUUCAAUUGCAAGAUUUACAGGUAUAUAAAUUUGACAGAGAAUUUUCAAUUGAAGAAAACACCAAAUUGUGAAUUUCUGACUUUAUUAUUAUUAAUUUCUUAAUGAAAUUUUAUAUGGUAUUGACAUAAUCAGUUUAUAUUAUUAUGCCAUGAUUUGGUUUGAUUACUUUGAUAUUAAAUAUUAUGAAGUGUAGUGCAAAAUACUCAAAACAUGAUUAAAACCAGAACUGAAUCAGUUAUGGAUUCGGUCAACACCACACUCUCCAAUCUUCAUGAAUUUAGUUCAAAUUUUGAACAGUAUCUAUAUGAUUUUUAGGUAAUUUUAGAAGAGGUUAUUAAUGUGAUGAAUCUUUUGAAUUCAGGUAGAAACUGAGGAUGAGGUACUAUUAUAUUGCUCUAACCUGUUUCUUGUGAUGUAUUCAAGAGGAUGCAGACAUAUUUUCCCAAAGUUGAUCAUUUUUUUCCUAUCAUCAUUUGCUUUUUUGAAUCUUUUGCAAUAGGCUUGGUUUUAAGAAGUAGAUCAAUUUUUGCGGUUUUGAUUUUGUAAAUUAUUUGCUAACCAUUUUACUUUGCUAAUUUGCUAAAUAUAAGGCGGUUUUGUUUUUUUUAUACAUUUUUAGAUUGCUCUUCUUUCUCGCUUUCUUUUGGCAUACCUGGCGACGUGAAUGAGUGAACAGGGAGCACACACAACAACAGCGGCAGCCUCCGACGUAGCAUUUCUCAAUGUUGAAGCUGCUCAGGAGAUUGAUCAGGUUCAUGGUUCUUAUGUAUGUGGAGUUGUUAACAGUAUCAAUACAUACCAGAUGGAGUAUGAUCCUUACAGUAGAUCUGGUAGAUUACCUCAGUGCUUUGUUCGGGAGUUCGGUGACCUGAUCGAUGAACAUGUAAUUCUGCAGGAUCCAAAACACAAUGAGAUUGAGGUCCGGGUUUUGAAAAAAUGUAGUGAAAUGUAUUUUGAACAGGGAUGGACCACUGUUAGGGAUUUUUAUCAUAUGUGGUUUGGAGGUUGGCUCAGUUUUAAGUAUGUUAGUCCCAAGCUUCUGGCCAUAACUCUCAUGACAAGAUGGGGUACUGAAGUUGUAUAUCCUUUCCAUGAUCCUCCCUUUAAGCAGUUAUUGGCUACUGGAGGUGUUGACCCUAAAAUUUGUUCAGCAACUCUCCCGCGAAUUUCAUCCAAUCCUUUUGUGUUUCCGAUGUCAUUCCGCCGUUCUUACUUUAAGAGAUUGACAUCGUAUGAUGUUGAAUCUGGAAUUCUGGUUUUGCCAUGGUAUGGUUUUGGUGAAUUCGCAUUUGCAUUUACUUUUAGCAAAUUGGUAUUGGUUGAUCAUACUGGAUGUCGAUAUCCAUGUAGCAUACAAUUCAGCGUUGAUGACGAGGGUGAACUAGCUUGCAAGGUGUUUGGUUAUUGGAUGGAGUUCUGUAAAAAACAUCAGCUGUUACAAGGUGACAGAAUACGUUUCGCUGUCAACGAGCCUACACGGGAUCAUGUCCUCUAUGCUUGUGUUUAUCCUCAGAUCGGAGUAGAAACCACUCUCAGUUACCCUUUGAACGAUGGUUCUUAUUUACCCUUGUAUGUAUCCCAGCAACAUUUUGUAGUGCCGUUCUGAGUUUUGAAUCUUUCAAGAUGGUAGCUAUUCAGUUUUCACUUUUGAUUUUUUAGACAGUGUAGCUUACCUUCUAAUUGUAUCCUGGACAUGAUCAUAAUUGAAUCUAAUUUGAUCCUAUUGUACUAUUUAUUUACCAAUGAAUAUAGUAUUCUCUUUUGUGAUUA